AUGCGUGAAGAAGGAGGUGGGCGAAGAAGGAGACCCGUGAAGGGUGACAACGCUUCCAACAUUGGCGUUGUCGUCGGCGAUAUUUCUUGUCCAGCCGGGGACGCGACGGUGUGGUAUCGGAGGCAGUGGUUGCCACGGAUGGAGGCGGCGGCCCGUGUGCGUAAGCUGGCAGAGGCGAACCCCUCCCUGGGUGGCCUUAACCUCUCAACCACAGGUCAAGAUUGCCCUCUUGAUCUUGUAGUUGUUGAUGGUUACCAAGGCCUCCAAUUUAUGUUUCUACCUGUUAAUGAGAAGAAAGGUGUGAUUCGCGUUUCCACUGAUCUCAACAUUUUAUUCGCCACCUACACAGGUUGUCCAGAUUCCACAGUGUGGAAGCUUAAGGACUAUGAUUAUUCAACAUCACUGUGGUUUGUCUCAACUGGUGGCGCUUUGGGCAAUCCUGGCUCUCAAACCAUCGAAAGUUGGUUCAAGAUUGAGAAGUACGAGGAUGCUUACAAGAUGGUGUAUUGUCCAAGUGUGUGCAAUUAUUGCAAUUAUCCAUGCAGUGAUAUUGGAAUAUAUCAGGACCAAUAUGGCAAGCGUUUGGCUCUAACUUCUGACCCAUACAGAGUGCAGUUCCAAAAGGUUUAAUACUAAAUUUUGAUUUAUAUCAAAAUCUUAAUGAGUAAAGUGUAUGGCACAUCUUGCAUUUUUCGUACAAGAUUAUUCUCAAGUUGAGUUCCAUGUACUGAACUAUACAUAAUGAAUAAACAAGAUGUCUUUUAUUGAG